UAGGAUGGCCAAUGUCUUGCACAAAGGUAAAUAACCUUUUUAGUUAUGCCACAAAUAUGAAAUAACGAUGCUCUUUGAAUAAAUGAAUACUGGCUUCUGUAAGAGGAAUUGAAGUAGAUGUAAUAGUAAAUGGAAGAACAGAACCGUGCCUUGCAAAUGUUUGUUUUUUUACGUGAAGGAAAAGAAAGACCUUUUCUUGUGAGUAACAAAAGGAAAAAAGAAAGAAACACCUUUUUGUUCUCUGUAUAUGGAGAUAAGUAUUUCGAUGGGCCAAUGUUAUGUACCCCGGCCCACGAAUAGCGACAGUCGUGGCCCGUGAAGAGCCGAAUAUGAAGCGGCAGCGAGUGGAUCCAGCGAGCCUGUGUAUCCCCUUUCUUCCUCGUCUCUUCAGUUCGUCGUUAGAGGCGUCUCCGAAGCCGCCGCCCGGUUCCUGCGACGGGGGAUCAUGAGGGGAUCUCGAACCGAUCCUGUGGACAUCAACUCUGAUGGAAGCACUGACAGUAGCUCUGAUGAACACUCGAAUAGCAGCUCAGAUGGGUGUGCUGAUAGCUCCUCUGAUGAAGGAAUGCGUAUGAGCUCCGAUGAAGUGAUGUACAUCAGCUCUGAUGAAGGAAGGCACAUAAGCUCUGAUGAAGGCGGGGACACCAGCUCAGAUGAAAGCGUAUACACCAGCUCUGAUGAAGGUGUAUACACGAGCUCUGACGAAGAUUCAUACAGGAGCUUUGAUGGAGGUGCACAUACCACCUCUUCUAAAGGAGUGCAUAAGCGGAUGAAGGUAAAGAAGCCUUGGAAGGUAUGCAUGUCCGUGUGUGACCGUCCUAAACAUUACACAGUUGGCUAUAAUCCAGACUCUAAUGGUAGAUGGAUGUAUUCAAAGAAUUUGAAGAUGUCAAUGUGUGCUCGGAAGCGUCUCAGCCACUAUAUUAAGUCAGUUAAGCCUGCUAUUGGCCACUACGUGUGUGAGAUGAACAAAACCUUUACCAAGGCUGGGCAGAGAAUGUACUUCUCUACUUCCUUCACUAAAGAGUAUCUGGUGGAUUUCAUUACCACUCCAGUUGAUGGGGUGAAGAUCAAGCUAUCAGUUGGUCGGUGUGCAAGACGUGUUCGCCUUAUUAAUGGCGUGGACAACAGGGCCGCCAUAACACAUAACUGGAGUGACUUUGCAAAGGAAGCAAAGCUGACAAAAGGGGAAAUAUGUGUUUUCUCUGUUCGAGCUUGCAAAGGGAAACCAGAAUUCACCAUUCACAAGAUUUAG